UCGCCAUCGCUCCAACAGCAGCACCAUCCAGCUCGAACUUCGCAAAGAGGCAACUCCAUCGAACCCGCACAUCCACAACAUCUCUGGCGCCGCAUCUGUUUCCUCCUUCCUAUUCGUCACUGUUUCCGAAGAACACCAUGGCCGACAAGAUGGAAGGCGUCGAGGUCGCCUCUGCUCCUGUCGACAACGCUCCUACCGCUGAGCAGCUCUCACAAUCCAUAAUCGCAAAUUUCGGUCUGCUCGAUCAAGCCGUCGCUCGCUUCGAUGGACGCUUCACCCUCCGUGUCCUUCGCUCAAUAUCGAGUAUGCGCAAGAGCCCCAAGCUCCUUGACGCCUUGUCGAACGCUAUUGCCUCGCUCUAUGCCUCACACCAGGACUCACCCGACAAGCAUUUCCUUGAAUCUGCUCUCCAGAAGAAGGCAUCCGCUCUUGCCCAUGCCAACGCCCCUAAGGAUGGAGAUGUUCUCCCAGAGUCCUUCAUCUACUUGGCCGUCCUGAUCCAGGUCUACCUCUUUGAUGCGCAAAAAUACUCACACGGUGCCGACUUCUCGUCCGCUCUGGUCGACAGAGUACGAGAAUACAACCGCCGCACACUGGACUCGCUCGCUGCAAAGUCCUACUUCUACUACCACCUCUUCCACGAGCAGCUUGACCCCAAGCCGCCAUCAAAGCAGUCGCCCGUCAUCGCCACUAGAUCUAAGCUUCUGGCUGCUCUCCGCAGUGCUGUGCUACGCAAGGAUAACGACACCCAAUCCGCCGUCAUCGUCCUCCUCCUCCGCAACUACAUCUCCACCGCCGAUAUUACUCAGGCCGACCUCUUGGUCAACCAGACCACUUUCCCCCCGAGCGCUCCUAACAACCAAGUCUGCCGCUACCUCUACUACCUCGGACGCAUUCGCGCAAUUCAAUUAUCAUACACUGCCGCUCAAGAGCACUUGACAAGCGCCACUCGCAAGUCUCCUACCAACAAUGUUGCAGCAGGUUUCUACCAGUCGGCCAUGAAGCUUUUGAUCGUUGUCGAGCUGCUGAUGGGUGACAUCCCGGAUAGAGCCAUCUUCAGACAACCCUCCCUCGAGCGUGCUCUCUACCCCUACUUCCGUCUGGUCCAGGCCGUCCGCGUCGGUGACUUGCAAGGCUUCGUUCGUGUUGUUGAGGAGAACUCAACUCAAUUCCGCCGUGAUGGCACCUACACUUUGAUUCUUCGCUUGCGUCAAAACGUCAUCAAGACUGGUGUUCGCAUGCUCUCUCUGUCAUACUCUCGCAUUUCACUUCGCGACAUUUGUCUGCGUCUUGGUGUCGAGAGCGAGGAGUCUGCCGAGUACAUUGUCGCAAAGGCUAUCCGUGAUGGUGUCAUCGAGGCAUCCCUCGACCACGAGCAUGGUUUCAUGGAGUCUAAGCAGGCUGGAGAUAUCUACGCUACUAGAGAGCCUGCUGAGGCUUUCCACGAACGUAUCAAGGCCUGUCUGAGCAUUCACGACGAGUGCGUAAUGGCCAUGAGAUAUCCCAUGAACAAGCAUAGGCAAGAGCUCAAGAAUGCUCAGGAAGCCCGCGAGAGGGAGCGCGAGCUCGCCAAGGAGAUUCAGGACGGCGACAUGGAUGAUGACGACGCUGGCGAUUUUGAGGGCAUGUAAAGCGUGGAAAUGCAUAUAGAUACGACUCGACUAUGUAAGAUCAAGAUGCGCUUGACCAAAGGGAAGACGUGAAUCAUUUGAUGAGCAGCAUGGCGUCCGCCG